UGUCGCAGAGUUUAACAAAGGAUAUCGCGCGAUAAGGAAAUUGAAGGAUACGAUAAGCAAAAUACAUAAGUUGGUUGACAAUUUGAAUCGCAAACUUGCUGAAUGAAAUCGUUUAGCCUUUGACGAACGAAUAGACUUGGCGUGUCAGCUGCAAGAGCAAAGAGAGAAGACUUGAGUGAAGAUGAAUUCGGACCCUUUUGACAGACAGUGUCGCACGAUCAGAUGAUCCGCGGAUUCAUCAAUCUUCUUUUUUUUUUCAUAUGCCUCUGACGUGUAGUAAAUCAGAAAUUGCAGUCAAUAUAAAAGAGUCGCUCCUCGUGAGCAAGUCUAAAGUACAGUUAGCUGGUUUUCUAGAAUUACUCGCGUAACUCGUGUCGAUUUUUCCGAAACAUUUAAUCACACAAAUUGAAAUUGUGUAUCUUUCUGGAAAGUGUCAUAAAUCUUUCAGAUGCUGCGGAAAGAAUAGUUUUGAAAUCGCAGCUCCGUAAACUUCUGCGUGAAAAAGAACGUGCUGAGGUCGUGAUGGAUUAAAAAUUUCAGAUUUCUUAUGUGUGUACAAACGGAGAAUUGAAACGUCAGCGAAAUAGAAAACACGUGAUCGGAAGAUGUUGAUAACGCUUCACACACAAAACAUGAGAAAACAUACAUAGUUGCGUAUCCCAUCCGGAACUAUAAUUUCCAACACAGAGAACCAAUUGACUGAUAUCAUAAACGCAGUACUAGAUGGCAUCUGCACAACGAGCGGCAUUGUGCUGAUAUCCCUCUUUGUGUUGAUCUGCGCGUUGAGCGAGAGCGUGCGAUAUCGGACCAAGUUUGCCUUCUUCAUAAUAGGAAGUGCGCUAGCGGCGGGAUUGUGGAUACCGUUUAUGUUUUUCCGAAUACGCAGCUGGAAGAACGCGCUAGUGCCGGCCAGAUGCGUGGUGAGAAUAGCGAAGAUCAUCGGGAUCAACUUCCGUUUUCGCGGAAAAGAGAACAUCAUUAAGGAUUCGGGUUGCGUCGUGCUCAUCAAUCAUCAGAGCUCGUUAGAUCUUUGCGUUUUAGGAGAAUUAUGGCUAACAAUGGAUCAUUGUAGCGUUAUUUCCAAGAAGGAAAUUCUGUAUCUGGGACCGUUCGGUCUCGCGUGCUGGCUCUGGGGCACGGUGUUCAUCGACAGAAAAAAUGUCGAGGAGUCCCGCGAGAUUAUUAACGCCACCGCAGAAUCAAUUCGAUUGGCAAAGCGAAGACUCCUUCUGUUUCCCGAAGGACAUCGACAUUCGGGUAACUCGUUGCUUCCCUUUAAGAAAGGCGCGUUCCACGUGGCUAUUGAAUCGCAAAUGCCCAUUCAGCCCGUUGUCGUAUCAAAAUAUUACUUUUUAGACGGAAAAAUAAAGAGAUUUAAUUCAGGGACUAGUUAUAUUACAGUUCUACCGCCUAUUCCCACCGCAGGUCUAACCAAGGACGAUCUUCCGAAGCUCAUGGAACAAACGUACGAAAUUAUGAACAAAACCUUUGUGGAAUCCACAUCGGAAUGUCUCGAGGAACAAGUGCGAAGUCUAAAGUGCGAGUGAGUGAGUGAGUGAAAGUGUCAACAACAAUUAGUGUCUCCGUCGUUAUUUGGCAACUGAUCGAUUCGCAAGACUCGUACGUACGAGUGAACUUUAUUACAAUAAUGGGUUUGGUGAAAGUGAUUCUUUCAUAUUCUCGAAUAUAACUAACUUGCACAACCGUGAAUCGCACGAUAACAUUUAAUAACAAUAUUUAACUUUUCAUGAAAAAACUUAAGCUGCGACUCAAGUACUCAAGCCUUAAAAAAAAAAUGAAUUCUGUUCACUCAAACUUUUAUAUUUAUCAGGUCGAUCAGGUCGACAAUAAUCGCAACAGUUUUUUUCACAACUUUUGUCAUAUUGAUCACUGCUCUUCCAUUACUCUUCUUGUAAAAGUUUAUCCUUACGGAAUCAAAAGAAUUCUGCUAAAGUUCAAUCAAUUUGUAUACUUUUUAUAUCUAACAGAAAAAAAUUUUAAUUUGUAACCAAGUUGCUAUUUUUAUGUUAUCUUUCUGUACAUCUUGUUGUGCGAAAUGACUUACAUUUUGUAACAGUCGGUUAGAGAACUGUGUGAAAGUAUAACAUUUGACAACAUAUUCCAUUUAAGUUUAUGUGUGUAUGCGUGUGUGUGUGUGCAUUUCAUGUACAAAUUAUUACUGCGACUUUUGUAUAAACUUUACGAGUGAUAGAAAAUUUAUAAAUAUUUGAAUAUUUGAAGAUAUAAUCACUUACAUAUUUAUGUCAAAUUUAUGUGCGUGAAUAAGAGUGAAGUUGUUGUAACAAAAUUCGCUCAUAUACAUGUUAAGUAUGCAUGCAUUUAACAAAUAUUGUGAAUUGUUAUCUCUGGCUCAACAAUAAAUUAUAUUUUAAAUAA